AUGAGCUCUUCAGAGACCAAAGGUCGUAACGAGGAGGAUGUAGCAGAAAUUAAGAAAGCCAUUGCGACUGGCGCAGUCAAAGACCCCUCUAAUCUCUCUGCCAUCCCCCCAAUCGUAUGUUACUGCCUCGCGUCAAUAUUAAUGACCGUUGUGAACAAGGCGCGUUUAUGGUCCAUGAAGGAAGACGUCGACAUGCUCAUAUCCACUAUAGUUCGUCGUAUCAGGAGCCAACUUUUCGAUGAACUUCCUCCUGCUAUGCAUCCAAUCAUCCGUCUGUUGCGCCUAGACUUUGAUAUGAAGGACGCAAAGAUGUGGUUCCCAAUCAGCUUCCUACUCGUCAGCGUAAUCUACACCGGUUCGAAGAGUCUGCAAUACCUCUCCAUCCCAGUCUACACCAUCUUCAAGAACUUGACCAUCAUCCUCAUUGCUUAUGGAGAAGUGCUAUGGUUCGGUGGAAGAGUAACUGCCCUCACCUUUGUUUCCUUCAUCUUCAUGGUAAUCUCCUCGAUCAUCGCCGCCUGGUCAGAUGUCCAAAGCGCGUUGGCAAGCUCUAUCCCCGGAGCGAGCUCAGGUGUCAGCGUCGGUGCAAUGCAAUCCCUCUUCGGUGCCCUCCGCGGCCUGAACGUCGGCUACUUCUGGAUGCUCGUCAACUGCCUGACGAGUGCUGCAUAUGUGUUGUCCAUGCGCAAACGUAUCAAGAGCACCGGAUUCUCCGACUGGGACACCAUGUUCUACAACAACCUCCUCAGUAUCCCCGUUCUCGCCGUCUUUUCGUUGAUCGCGGAGGACUGGGGCCGCGAAAACCUCAACCGCAACUUCCCCGCAGAGACCCGUAACUUCCUCCUUUUCGCCAUCGCUUUCUCCGGUGCCGCAGCUGUUGGCAUCUCCUACACCACCGCAUGGUGUGUCCGAGUGACGAGCAGCACCACCUACAGUAUGGUCGGCGCGUUGAACAAACUCCCAGUGGCAGCAUCCGGAAUGCUGUUCUUCGGGGACCCAGUUACAGUCGGUUCCGUGUCUGCCGUUGGCGUUGGAUUUUUUGCAGGAAUAGUGUACGCAGUGGCGAAAAACAACCAGAAGAAGAACGAGCGAAGACAAGCCGCAGAUGCGAUUAUCCCGAUGGCUAGCCGGAAACCAUAA